UGGACCCUCAUAGCAAGUAGUUAAACAAGUAGAUCCACCGACCCAUGCAAGUAAUAUUUGUCCGGUUGGUUUAAUCUUAACCAUGAACAACCACAUGAGAUGGGAAGGGAUAAGAAUCUUUGGGACAAAUAUUCAUUUUUCGCCUAUAUGCAUAUGAAAUAAUUAGAGCCAUAACUUACUGUUUUUGAUGAGAUGAGAAGAGACGGAGAGAGAAUAAGGCCCAUCCACAACCAUAUCCUUACCUUUUUUUUCCCCUAUAUAAACUUGUAUAUCCAUAAGUUUUGGAAAACAGAAGGGAAGAGAGAGAGAGAGAGAAAAAAGAGAAAGUGAAAAUUAGAAACUCUUGUACUUGGUUUUAUGCCAAAUUAGGGACUCUUUUGGUUGUCAAUUAGAUCACAAAGAUAUGGAGGUUGCCAUGGAACUGGAAGAUGAUCUAUUUUUUGCUGAUUUGAGCAAGGAAAUUGCUCUACUAAUUAUGGAUGAAGAUGAAGAUCCACUUGCUUCUUGUCCUCCUGACUCUCUUCAGGCUUUUUCUGGGGCAAUUCAUCCUCCUCCACAGUUUGCUUUCAUCUUUGAGCAUGCUUUGAGAAGAGAAAGCAAAGGGACAGGUGUAUUUAUCCCUCAGGCAACACAGCCAAGAAGGAAGCAGAGGAAAGGAAGGGCUAAUAAUUCAUAUGCAAAACAUCAAAAGCAGUCUCAAGAUACAAGAAUGGUUUCUCAAGUUCCUAACAAGAAUUCUUUCAAAUCCAGAAAUGGCUGAGAAUAUUAUAUUAUAUUAGAUUAUAUAGAUCCUUGUGAAAAGCCAGCAUAAUCUUACAGAUUCUACUGAUUAAUUUGUUUGCUAAGUUUAAUAAUUUGUGGAUCUAAUUCUUUUUAGCCUUUAGGCAAUAAUUAUAUGGUUAUUUAUUUUGUAUUGUUUAUGUAUAGCUAAAUUUACAUGGGAAAACCAUAUAUACCUAAAUAUUAGGCAUGAUGUAGGAAGGUUCACCCAAGGUUUUGUUACCUUCCUCUGCAGACAAGAUUUUCGUUGUUAUCUGGUUUGAUGUGGUAAGUUUUGUCAUGAUUUCAAAGAUACUAGUGUGACUAUUUUCUUCAUA